AUGGAGCUUGUGCCAAAACUUCUGCCACCUGCCAAUCCGCUGUAUCCGGCCCCUGAAAUCAUCCUUCACAUCGGUCUAGCCGCAGGUCGCAAAUUUUUCACUCUUGAGCAAGGCGCCCAUGGACGAGGAUUCGACAAGAUCCCCGACGUCGACGGUGAGCGUUUCCCAGACUCAUCCGCAGAAUCACAAUUCCCAUCUGCCAAGUACCCAAGUGUGCUCAAAACCUCGUUCGACACUUCCGACGUUCUUGCGCGCUGGAAAGCAAAUCUCGGCUACACAUCCGUCGAAGGAAACGCAGAAGACGACGACGCUCCAGAUGUGCGACUCAGCCCUGACGCUGGGAACUUUCUGUGUGGAUUUAUCUACUAUAAUUCGUUGGCUCACUACUUUUCGAUCUCCAAAGAGGAUAGACCCGUGGCGUUCAUGCAUGUGCCGGAUCUCAGUCAAAGCGAGGACAAGCUGCGAGAAGGCAGGGAGGUGGCGAUUGCGCUGAUCAAGGCGCUGGUGGAGAGUAAGCGCAAGAAUGGGAAUGUAGCUAAGCGGACAGAUAAUGAGGAGGCGCCUGUGAGGCAGACUGAUGAUGCGACCGAGAACAACUGUAUUUGA